AUAUGGAAAGAGGUCAUUUUGGCAUUCAAAGAACGGAUAAGUCUUUUUCUAGGCAGCCAAUUGAUUUGACGCUAGAACAGACAAUCAACGCAGAUGCUGGAAGAAGAUUGACUGGUGUAAUUCAUUUUACAAAUUCUAUUUCUGCUCGUCAGCGUUGGUGCAAAAGCCAUGAGAUUAGAUCUACGAUAAUAUCUCAUACCUACGAGGUUACUGGAUUAAGAAAACAUACAGAUGUAACAGCUGAUCUGGAACGUUACAAUAUUAGAAGAGAUUCGAAACACCUCCAAUCAUUUGUAGAUGCUUUUUCAAAGUUCAUGAACCCUUUCGAUGCAGGCUUAGACAAACUGCAACUCUUUAAUAUUUCAAGCGGAAAAGCAGCUGCACAAGCAGUGCAAGAUUAUCUAGUUAAUAUUGAAGAGGAUGGUAAAAAAUUACGUGAGCAGUUUAUAACGGAAUGUAGUGAGUUACCCGAUCGGUUCGAAAAAUCCAUACCCAGAGUGAAAAUAAUGAAUUUUUCCAAUGAAACUGUUAAAAAAUCUGUUAAAAGUGGUAAUAAAGUGCAAGAAAUUCAAAUGCAACGUGACUUGUUCGGUAGACUGCUGGGUUUAUCUUUGGAUUACAAGAUUGACAUGGAAAAAAUUUUGUGUUAUCCAGUAACUCCUCUUCCGAUGUCAAUGUGCCGUUUAGAUGGCAGCUUACAUCAAACCGAUAAAUCUGCAAUAGUUAAUUGCUUUGAAAAACAGCACAAAUGCACCGAUGCACCAAAAACCUUUGAUAUAGUUAUCGUUGAUGGAUUUUUUUUGUUGCAUACAAUGCACGAUAUACCUGCAACAUUUGGCGGUAUUUCAAAAAAAAUAAUGAAUAUCUUGACAGCAUUUAAAGCUCUACGGGUUGAUAUUGUUUUCGAUCAAUAUUUCGUCCCAUCUAUAAAAGAUUAUGAACGUACGCGAAGAAAUGAACAAAAAACGAUUGAUUUUAAGAUUAAUGGUCCUAGCCAAACUAGGCCGACAGAUUUUAUGAAAGAAUUAAAAAAUAUUAAAUUUAAGGAAAGUUUUGUCCAGUUUUUAAUUGAAUAUUGGGCUACAGAUGAAAUGGCAACAUUUAUUGGUAACACCUUAAUAAAGUUAAACUAUGAUUCGUGUUAUUCAUAUAUUGUAAAAAAUAAUUCUGUUGAAAUGACUAUUGAUGAGGAUAUGACUUGUAAUAAUCACGAAGAAGCUGAUACAAAGAUAAUUCACCAUGCGUGUAAACUCGAUAUAUGUGCAAAGACGAACGUUCUUCUUAAAACUUCAGAUACAGACGUAUUGAUAAUCAUGCUUGGAAAUAUGGAUCAUCUUCAAAGCGAUGAGCUCAACAUUUUUAUGGAGUAUGGCACUGGGAACUCUAAAAGGAACAUUAAUGUAACAAAAUUACACAUGGAAUUAGGGCCAUCUUUAUGCACGAGUUUACCUGGUUUUCACGCAUUAACAGGAUGCGAUUACAAUCCAUCAUUUUUUCAAAAAGGCAAGAUAAGACCAUAUAAAAUAUUGAUAAAAAAUAAAUCUUAUCAAAAAGCAUUAACAGAUCUAGGAGUUGCACAUAUUACCGGUUCGCGAGAUGAAAUUUUGCCAAUUUUGGAAGCAUUUGUUUGCGAAAUUUAUGUAUAUAAAAAUUUAUCAAAUAUCAAUGCAGCACGAUUUCAAAAAUUUUGUACAACUUACAAAGCCGACACUGAAGAUGAACCUUUUAAGAAAGCAUUAAAAAAUUGUGAUCCCUCAGCUUUACCACCGUGCAAAGCUGAAUUACAACAACAUCUUUUACGAACGCAAUAUAUAACGAGUAUUUGGAGAAAUGCAUAUUUACGAUUCCUCAGCUCUUUGACACCGGAUAGAAACGGAUGGGCACUUAAUGAGGAUACGCUAGAUUUUCACUGGUUUGACGGAGAUUGUAUACCACAAUCAGUAUUCGACGCUCUUGUCCAUGACAAUAAUAAACAAAAUGAUAUUGGAAAUGUUAUUGCAGAUGAUGCAGAGGAUGAUGAAGCUGACACAGAUGAAUCUGAAGAAGAUUCUGAUAGCUCUGAUGAAGGAGCAUCCACGGAUGAAGAAUAACAAUUUAUUUAUGAAUUAAAUUUAUAUUUUUGUACUCAUAAUUUUGCCGUUGUAUAAUUAUUUUCUCUCAAUAAAUCCGAUUUUGUAAUUGUC